UGAUGGAGCGGUGGUGGGCGUGGCAGUUUGCCCUGGUCGUCCUGGCAACCAUUAACCUCAGCACCUCCAAUGGCAAGAACGCCGAGUUCCUCUCCGACACUCUGAUCAACAACAUAGUGGCCAACCCUGCCACGGGCAGGCUGUACGUCGGCGCCGUCAACGCCCUCUACCAGCUGAGCCCCGACCUGGUGGUGGAGUCGCGCACGGAGACGGGCCCCAAGCGUGACAACAGACAGUGCACGCCGCCCGUCACCGAAGCCUGCGAGGAGGCCGUGGACACCGACAACCACAACAAGCUGCUGCUGGUGCACGGCGCCGGAGACCUGCUGGUGGUGUGCGGCAGCGUCUUCAGAGGAAUCUGCUCGCUGAGGAACCUGAGCAACGUGGAGCAGCUGAUCUACUUCAGCGACAACAAAGGGGAGAAGUCGUAUGUGGCGAGCGCCGAGGAGAGCGUCUCCGUGGUGGGAGUGAUGUCAUACUUCUCCAAGGAGAAAGACAACUUCACUGUGUUCCUGGUCGGUAAAGGCUACGGCAGCCAUGACAGCACCAAGCUCAUCUCCACACGCAUCCUCCAGGCCUUCGGCGAUUGGGUGAUUUUCGACAGCAUCAUCGAGGCCUCGGCGGUCCAGGCCAACCCUUUCGUCCUGCGCUACCUCCACGACUUCCGCUUCACCUUUAAAGACGGCGGCUUCGUGUACUUCCUGUUCUCGCGGACGCUCGGUGUGCAGGACACCAAGAACUUCACGUUCAUCUCCAGGAUGUGCGAGGACGACCACGGUUACUACUCGUACACGGAGCUGCAGCUGAACUGCAGCAGCACCGGCGACUACAAAUACAACAAGUACAACAAAGCUCAGGCUGCCUACGUAGGGACGCCAGGAGAGGUGUUGGCUCAGAGUAUGAACAGAUCGGACCAGUACAGACCCGUGUUGGCCGACGACAAGGUUCUGUUUGUCACCUUCACGUCUGACGAGGACCCGUCUUCUUCGGCCAUGUGUAGGU